AUGGACAUCGACGCGAUACAACAGCCCUCUCUCGAGGUGCAUAUGGACGACGAUCUCAUCAACUACGACAGUGACGCGGUGGAUUACUCCCUCGCUGCGGACCAAGAUCUCGGAAAUGGAGCGACCGCCGAAGCUUUUGAAGGUGACCAGGCUAGCGCUAAAUCCAACUACCAGAGUGGCGACAACCCCACGAAGGAGGAUCCUGAGCACCAACCCAUGGAUAACCCUGCGCAGCCUAUCGAUGCCACAUUCGAGGAAAGCACAGACGAACAGCAUACUAUAGAGCAGGCGACCGAGACUGAAGUACCGCUCGAUGCCGAUGCCGCCGAUGCUGCGCUCGACUCGCUGACAGAAACUGUGGCUGACGAGAUUGAUUAUGGCCUUGGAGAGGUCGACUACAAUGAGGAGAAGCAUGCCGAGGUAGGCAAUGAGUUCUAUAUCGCAGAAGCUGUCCAAGGCGACGGCGUGAAUGUCGAAGUAGACAUUCUUGAAGAGAAUACUGAAAUUAGUUGGGAGGAUGAUGAUGCUGAUCAUGUGGAAAUCGAGGCUGAGGCUGAGAAGGAAGGACAUGAGGAAGAGGAUCAGCAUUCUGCACAAACGGAGGCUGUGCAGCCGGGCGAUUUGACUGAAAAAGCAAACGCAGAGGCUGAGGAGACUGAGAGCAGAGAUCAUCGUCAGGACGAGCUGCAAGCACUGGAAAACGUCAUCUCCUGGGAUGGCAGUAUGGAUGCGGCUGGUAAUCUUCAGCCUGAUAAUGCUGAUUCCCAGUUUCCUACUAUCACAGUGCAGUACCAAGGAGACGAAUUUCCGUUCUUGUCAUCUGGCAGCGAAGGCUUCUUCUCUGAACUGUCCAUCCUCGAUGAUAGCAUGCAGCAGGUCUUUAGUGGGUUUCGUUCACAGCUCAAAAAUGAAGUGACAGCUGAAGAUGAGUUGGUCUUUCAAAUUGACGAGCUUGGUUUGGAGUUCACAGAGUCAAAUCUCUCGCAUAGCUUGACAAUGCGUCAAAUUUUGGAGGUGUUUGAGCUUCUCAUUAAGAAUGAGGACCCGGAUGGCCGCCGAACUUUGUAUACCUACCUUUUCACGAGAGUCAACAGUGCGAGAAGGUACGAUUUCCUAGUGGAAAGCGCCACCGCAGGCAAGGGCCUCGAAGAGAUUCAACAUCUCUUUUCGCAGCAUUCAUUCCGCAACGAUAGCGAUGCCGACAACGCAGAUGACAGUGCAUCGACUAGUGAACAUGCCGAAGGCCACGACGAAGAAGCAUAUGGGCAUGACGGCCAAGCUGAACAGGGCGACGACGACGAUCAUCAUGAUGAAGACUAUGAAGAAUAUGCCAAGGAGGAUGUUGAACAAUACGCAGAAAAGGCUGGCGAAGAGCACGACGAGGAAUACCAUGAAGAUUCUGAAGGUGACCACCAAGCUGUCGACUUUUUCGAUGAGGCUGUUCCAGAGGAAACUGAAAUGUCGCAUGCGGAUGAUUUAGCCAAGGACGCAGACUCGCCCGACAAUGUUGACGCAGAUGAGCAUGACAACAACUUCGCCCAUGAGCACAGCAGUACGACUAGCACACUUCAAGGUGACGCUGAUGGCACUGCUCUUGCCGAUGAUGAAACUGCUGUCGACGCCGAAGCCGAGGGCCCAGUGUUUGUCACGGGGGCAAACGACGAUGCUGAAAUUGAUUGGCGUGAUGAAGAUGAGAGUGAAUUAGUUGGCGACGGGGGGUCAGUAACCGGCAAGCGUUCUCGUGAUGACAACGAGGAGCCCGAUGUGGAUGACGAAAUUGACUUCAAACGUCGACGACCUUGA